GAUUAAAGAACAACUCCAUACAACCUUUCAACAGCCAGACUCUCCCUGCUUUCCUUGACGGAAUGAUACAUACCAUUUUCUAAAAAUACCUGGAAUGCUUCAUUUUAAACCAAUUGAUUCAAAAUCCUGUUUCAUGCAAUCAAAAAACAUAGAAUAAUUGUUCUGUACAGAUUUAUGAAUUCUGCACUGUUUGGAAAUCCCUGCCAUCUGACGUCGAGGGAUUUAUAGGUUUAGUGGAAAUUGCUUUCCCCACUGUCCAGAUUAAAUACUGUGGGGUGUUUUUCAUAUGAGUAAACAUCCUUCCCAAAUGAACAGACUGAUAAUGUCUUAAAAAGCAAAACAAAAGGAUCUUUAUUUUUGUUUUCUUCUUUUUUUGUGGACUACUUCUGGACAUAAGAUCAGAGGAUAUUGUGCUGACUGUCCAUAAAAUGCAGUUUAGUAUUUUCUUGCUGUUUUGGGGAUGGCUUUUGUCCACAGAAUGCAAAGCUCACUGGCAAGGAAAAGAAAUACAUGAAGUCUACAAGAAAGGCAGUCGGCCUCAAAGACAGAGAAGAGAAACACAUGGAGAGUCACACAAGCAAGGCAGCCCAAUCCUAAAACGAAGUCCUGAUAUUACCAAAUCGCCGUUGACAAAGUCAGAACAACUUCUAAGAAUAGAUGACCAUGACUUCAGCAUGCGACCUGGUUUUGGAGGCCCUGCCAUUCCUGUUGGAGUAGAUGUGCAAGUUGAAAGCUUGGAUAGCAUUUCAGAGGUGGACAUGGAUUUCACCAUGACACUUUACCUUAGACACUACUGGAAAGAUGAAAGAUUGUCAUUUCCAAGUACCAAUAACCAAAGUAUGACCUUUGAUGGCAGACUAGUGAAAAAGAUCUGGGUUCCUGACAUGUUCUUUGUGCAUUCGAAACGCUCCUUUAUCCAUGAUACCACCACUGAUAAUGUCAUGCUUCGAGUUCAGCCAGAUGGGAAGGUGCUUUAUAGUCUGAGGGUCACUGUAACAGCUAUGUGUAAUAUGGACUUCAGUCGCUUUCCUCUUGAUACACAAACGUGUUCAUUGGAAAUUGAAAGCUAUGCUUACACUGAAGAUGAUCUCAUGCUGUACUGGAAGAAUGGGAAUGACUCCUUAAAAACAGAUGAGAGGAUAUCACUAUCCCAGUUUCUUAUACAAGAGUUUCACACUACUACCAAACUUGCCUUCUAUAGCAGCACAGGCUGGUACAACCGUCUCUACAUUAACUUCACUUUACGGCGCCAUAUCUUCUUCUUCUUGCUCCAGACCUAUUUUCCUGCCACUCUGAUGGUCAUGCUAUCCUGGGUAUCCUUCUGGAUAGACCGUAGAGCUGUGCCUGCAAGAGUUCCCUUAGGGAUAACAACGGUGCUGACUAUGUCUACCAUCAUAACGGGUGUCAACGCCUCCAUGCCUCGAGUUUCCUACAUCAAAGCUGUGGACAUUUACCUCUGGGUCAGUUUUGUGUUUGUCUUCCUAUCGGUGUUAGAAUAUGCAGCAGUGAACUACUUGACUACAGUGCAAGAACGUAAAGAAAGGAAGCUGCGAGACAAGCUUCCUUGCACUUGUGCUCUGCCUCAGCCAAGGCAAAUGAUGAUGGAUGGCACCUACAGUGAUGGGGAGGUGAAUGAACUGGGACAGUAUGUAUCUGAAAAUGGAGAGAAACAAGACAGAAUGAUGGUCCAAUUGGCACUUGGUUCAGAAAGAAAUUCAAACAGGAGGAAGAGCCAGAGAUACAGCAGCAUGAAGAUUGACACCCAUGCCAUUGACAAGUAUUCUAGAAUAAUAUUCCCCGGAGCAUACAUUUUAUUUAACCUGAUAUACUGGUCUAUUUUUUCAUGAUUACUAGUUUUUCCCCCUUUAGUCAGUUUCCACAUGGUGGAUGUGUUAACUGUAUGAAACUAACGUCCAUUAAGCAAAUAAAAUGACAAUAGACUACUAUUCUAUACUUGGACAAAAAACCCCCUGCUAUUCUUGUUGCAUAAAAACUACUCAAGGCAAUACCCGAUGCAUUCCAAGGACGCUCUUGUGGAAUUCCAUAGAAGACUGUCAAGUUCACCAGCUCAAAAACAAUUGUAAGAACAAGCAGCAUUACAAUAAAGGGGGUGGGGGGGCAAAAUAGACUUGAAUAGGUGUUUAAAAAUACAAAUGUAAUGAAAAAGGACUGUAAUGAUGUGCUAUAAAAGCAAGAACAUCUUUUCAGCUGCUCUGGUAUCAACCAGCUCAUUUUGGCAUCUGUGUAUUACUAAGAUCAGAACUGAAUGGACAGACCAUAUAAAUAUUGUUUCCAUAUGUGAAUAUAUACAGUAUUUUAAAAUUUAGUACGCGUGUAAAUAAGAUUACAAAUCUAAAUGUUGUACACUUUGACUACACUAGUCCACACACAACAAAAGUUCUUGUUCAUAAUUCCUAAUACAAGUCCACCUUUUUUGCA